AUGGCGUCCGAUUCUAUGCCGCCAGACUUCUACGUCAAAGCCCUUCAAUUCACAAAGAAGGUCUACAGAGAUGAAUACCCAGCCAUCAAACCAGAGAACUCCGAGCUCUCCCUCGCCGGCAAGGUUGUCGUAAUCACCGGCGCGAGCCGUGGUAUCGGUGGUAGAGGAAUCGUGCCAGCAUUUGCUAGAGCCGGAGCAAAGGCUAUCGUUCUCGUGGCCCGGGACGAGAAGAAGCUCACCGCCGUCGCGGCAGAGGUCAAGGAGCUCAACGCCAAUGUCGAAACGCUCGUCUACCCCGUCGACAUGACAGACGAAGCGGGCAUCAAGGCCCUCUUUGAGAAAGUGAACGCGACGUACGGCCACGCAGACGUCCUAGUCAACAACGCCGCCGUGCAGACCUCUCUCGAGCUCAUCACAAACAGCGACCCAAAACUCUGGAUAGACGACCUGGUAUGUAGAAAGCCCGAAUAUUCCCUCCUGUCCCCGGAUGAUACAGGAGAAACAUCCUCGCUAACUCGGGAAAAAAACACUAGACCACCAACCUCCUACAUCAUCGCCAAGCUCGCGACGCAGCAGCUCAACGCCCACGUCGCCGCCGAGCACCCGGACAACGUCACCACCGUCUCGGUGCACCCGGGAAUGGUCCACACCGACAUGACCAUGGACCGGUUCCGCCCCUUUGCGCACGACACCCCCGCGCUCGUCGGCGGGACGGCCGUCUGGCUUUGUUCGGAGAAGGCGCAGUUCAUGAACGGAAGGUUCGUCGCGACCAAUUGGGAUGUCGAGGAGUUGGUGGAGCGGAAGGGGGAGAUUGAAGAGAAGAGGUUGUUGCAGGUCGAUUUGAAUGGGCAGUUUGGUGCGCAGCAGUUUGAGUAA